AUGGAAGCUUCAAAUAUCAGAAUAGACGGAACAUUAUUACAAGCCAAUAAGAACAAACUUGUCAGAGUGAUGGGCAAAUGUGAAUCAUUUGAUCAUGCUUCGAAUCAAGCCAUCAUAGUGUGCAACGGAACUAUCAAGUUAGAUUUAUCACAAGUUACAGAUUCCCCAUUAGAGAUUCAUAAGAACUACGAAAUCAUUGGAAAGGUCAGUGGUGAUGAAUUAAAGAUUUUUGUGUACUCUGUCAUAGAGUUGAGCGAUAAUUUGGAUAUAAAUGCUGCUUCAAAGUUGGCUCAAUAUGCUCAAAAAGUAUCUGAAUUAUACAGAUACGAUUAA